GCUCCGUCGCAGUGACGUGCGCGCCUGGCUGGGCACUCUGCUGGGCUCUCUGGCCGGCGGGUGGAGACCGAUCCGGUAUCUGUCCCAGCAGGAAGCGUAUCCCGGCCGCCGUCGUCUCCGGUGCUCGCUCUCGGCCGCGGCGUCGCGCUCGCCCUUCGCGCCCGCAGUCCGGCAGCCUCUCCACGGCCGCGACCCCUCGCGCACCUGCCUCGCCCGGGGAGAUAGUGGGUAACCUCCUUCAAAAUGGAAGAUGGAAAGCCUGUUUGGGCACCCCACCCCACAGAUGGAUUUCAAAUGGGCAAUAUUGUGGAUAUUGGCCCUGACAGCCUAACAAUUGAACCUUUGAACCAAAAAGGCAAGACAUUUUUGGCUCUCAUAAACCAAGUAUUCCCUGCAGAAGAGGACAGCAAAAAAGAUGUGGAAGAUAACUGUUCACUGAUGUACUUAAAUGAAGCCACACUGCUCCACAAUGUCAAAGUGCGGUACAGUAAAGACAGAAUCUACACGUAUGUGGCCAACAUUCUGAUUGCAGUGAAUCCAUACUUUGAUAUACCUAAGAUAUAUUCUUCAGAUACAAUAAAGUCCUAUCAAGGAAAAUCUCUCGGGACAAUGCCACCUCAUGUCUUUGCCAUUGCUGAUAAGGCUUUUCGAGACAUGAAGGUGCUCAAGAUGAGCCAGUCUAUCAUUGUGUCUGGAGAAUCAGGAGCUGGCAAAACAGAGAAUACAAAGUUUGUUCUAAGAUACCUGACAGAAUCUUAUGGAACAGGUCAAGAUAUUGAUGAUAGAAUCGUUGAAGCUAAUCCACUUUUAGAAGCAUUUGGAAAUGCAAAGACUGUUCGUAACAAUAAUAGCAGUCGAUUUGGAAAAUUUGUAGAAAUUCAUUUCAACGAAAAGAGUUCGGUUGUUGGAGGAUUUGUUUCCCAUUACCUUCUAGAGAAGUCUAGGAUUUGUGUUCAAGGCAAAGAGGAGCGGAAUUACCAUAUUUUUUACAGGCUGUGUGCCGGGGCUUCAGAAGACAUUAGGGAGAAGCUUCACUUGAGCUCCCCAGAUAAUUUUCGGUAUCUAAAUCGGGGCUGCACUAGGUACUUCGCCAACAAAGAAACGGACAAACAAAUUUUACAGAACCGAAAAAGUCCUGAGUAUGUUAAGGCAGGUUCCUUGAAGGAUCCUCUGUUAGAUGACCAUGGAGAUUUUAUCAGGAUGUGCACAGCCAUGAAAAAAAUCGGUUUGGAUGACGAAGAAAAACUUGAUCUAUUUCGAGUCGUGGCUGGUGUCCUGCACCUUGGAAAUAUUGAUUUUGAGGAAACCGGAAGCACUUCAGGUGGCUGCAAUCUGAAGAACAAAUCCGCCCCCUCACUGGAGUACUGUGCUGAGUUGCUGGGCUUGGACCAAGAUGACCUUCGCGUCAGUUUAACCACUAGAGUCAUGCUCACCACAGCAGGGGGCACCAAAGGAACUGUUAUAAAGGUCCCCCUGAAGGUGGAGCAGGCAAACAGCGCUCGCGAUGCUCUGGCGAAGACGGUCUACAGCCAUCUCUUUGACCACGUGGUAGACAGGGUGAAUCAGUGCUUUCCUUUCGAAACAUCCUCUUAUUUUAUUGGAGUCCUGGAUAUUGCUGGCUUCGAGUACUUUGAGCACAACAGCUUUGAGCAGUUUUGUAUCAACUAUUGCAAUGAGAAACUUCAACAGUUUUUUAAUGAAAGGAUCCUAAAGGAGGAACAAGAACUGUAUCAGAAAGAGGGCCUGGGUGUUAAUGAAGUCCAUUACGUGGACAAUCAGGACUGCAUAGAUUUGAUUGAAGUAAAAUUAGUGGGAAUCCUGGAUAUUCUGGAUGAAGAAAAUCGUCUUCCCCAGCCGAGUGACCAGCACUUUACAUCUGUGGUUCACCAGAAGCACAAAGACCAUUUCCGGCUCACUAUUCCCAGGAAAUCUAAGCUGGCAGUCCACAGGAACCUCAGAGAUGACGAAGGCUUUAUCAUCAGGCACUUUGCAGGGGCUGUGUGCUAUGAGACAACCCAGUUUGUGGAGAAAAAUAAUGAUGCACUACAUAUGUCUCUUGAAUCCUUGAUAUGUGAGUCCAGGGACAAGUUUAUACGGGCGUUGUUUGAGUCAUCCACAAAUAACAACAAAGAUACGAAACAAAAGGCUGGAAAACUUAGCUUCAUCAGCGUGGGAAACAAGUUCAAGACACAAUUAAAUUUGCUUCUGGAUAAACUUCGAAGUACUGGAGCCAGCUUCAUCCGCUGCAUCAAACCCAACUUAAAGAUGACAAGUCACCACUUCGAAGGCGCUCAGAUUCUGUCUCAACUCCAGUGUUCAGGUAUGGUGUCUGUGCUGGACCUCAUGCAAGGGGGUUUCCCUUCAAGAGCCUCAUUUCAUGAACUCUAUAACAUGUACAAGAAGUACAUGCCAGAAAAACUCGCACGAUUGGAUCCACGGCUAUUUUGUAAGGCUCUUUUUAAAGCUUUGGGAUUAAAUGAAGUUGACUACAAGUUUGGGCUGACAAAAGUAUUUUUCAGACCUGGCAAGUUUGCAGAAUUUGAUCAGAUUAUGAAGUCUGAUCCUGAUCACUUAGCAGAGUUGGUGAAGAGAGUCAAUUUGUGGCUAGUCUGUAGUCGCUGGAAGAAAGUUCAGUGGUGUUCGCUGUCAGUCAUCAAACUGAAAAACAAAAUAAAAUACCGAGCUGAAGCAUGCAUUAAAAUGCAGAAGACCAUCCGGAUGUGGCUUUGCAAAAGGAGACACAAACCACGCAUCGACGGCCUGGUUAAGGUGGGCACACUGAAGAAGCGACUCGAUAAGUUCAAUGAAGUCGUGAGUGCGCUGAAAGAUGGAAAGCCGGAGGUGAACAGACAGAUCAAAGAUCUUGAAAUUUCUAUCGAUGCUCUGAUGGCCAAAAUUAAGUCCACCAUGAUGACGAGGGAGCAGAUACAGAAAGAGUAUGAUGCACUCGUUAAAAGCUCGGAGGAUCUCCUCAGUGCGCUGCAGAAAAAGAAGCAGCAGGAGGAGGAGGCGGAGAGGCUGAGGCGCAUCCAAGAGGAGAUGGAAAAGGAAAGGAAGAGACGCGAAGAAGACGAACAACGUCGGCGGAAGGAGGAGGAGGAGAGGCGGAUGAAACUUGAGAUGGAAGUGAAGAGAAAACAAGAAGAGGAGGAAAGGAAGAAGCGGGAAGAUGAUGAAAAGCGCAUCCAGGCUGAGGUGGAGGCACAGCUGGCAAGACAGCGGGAAGAGGAGUCCCAGCAGCAGGCGGUCCUGGCGCAGGAGUGCAGGGACAGGGAGUUGGCCCUGCGCAUCGCCCAGAACGAGUCGGAGCUCAUCAGUGAUGAGGCUCAGGGCGACACAGCACUCCGAAGAGCUCUGGAUUCCUGGCCAGCAAGUUCUAAAACUAAUGGAACCAGACCCCAAAUGACACCGGAACAAAUGGCCAAAGAAAUGUCAGACAUUUUGAGUAGAGGUCCUGCUGUACAAGCUACCAAGGCUGCUGCUGGUACCAAGAAACACGAUCUCAGUAAAUGGAAAUACGCAGAACUUCGCGAUACAAUCAACACUUCCUGUGACAUUGAGCUCCUGGCAGCUUGCAGAGAAGAAUUUCACAGGAGACUAAAAGUGUAUCAUGCUUGGAAAUCCAAGAACAAGAAGAGAAAUACUGAAACAGAGCAGCGUGCUCCCAAGUCUGUUACCGAUUAUGAUUUUGCACCAUUUUUGAACAAUUCACCUCAGCAGAACCCCGCUGCUCAGCUCCCUGCCAGGCAGCAGGAGAUUGAGAUGAACCGACAGCAGCGUUUCUUCCGCAUCCCCUUCAUCCGCCCCGCGGACCAGUACAAAGACCCGCAGAACAAGAAGAAGGGCUGGUGGUACGCCCAUUUUGACGGACCGUGGAUUGCCCGGCAGAUGGAGCUGCACCCUGACAAGCCGCCCAUCCUUCUUGUAGCUGGCAAGGACGACAUGGAGAUGUGUGAGUUGAAUCUCGAGGAGACAGGUCUGACUCGCAAGCGUGGUGCUGAGAUCUUGCCCAGACAGUUUGAAGAGAUCUGGGAGCGCUGUGGAGGCAUCCAGUACCUGCAGAGCGCCAUCGAGAGCAGGCAGGCCCGGCCCACCUACGCCACAGCCAUGCUGCAGAACCUGCUCAAGUAGACCGCAGGGUUCCAGCCUAGCCCUGACCCUCACAGGCGGGAGGUGACCGGAAGGUUCGCCACUCCCUUGCUCCUGGUAGAAAUGCCUUAUGCAAAGUGAACAGAUUUUAUUAAUCAUGGAGUUUGUUAAUUUGUUCAAGGUUAAUUAAGGUUGAGGUAGUGGAUUUAGGACCUAGAGAAAGAAAAGCCCUGAUUCCAGCAGUGACCCCCACCCCUGCUCUGUUUGGUGCUUUCUGCACCCAGACAGACGCUGAUACUUCUCACUCUGCACACUGACCACCUUAUUGCUGAGUAUUCUCAAGGACAAGGCUUUUUUUUUUAAAUUCAAAACAUUUGACUUUUUUAAGAAAAGGAUGUCACAGUGCCUUUAUAACGGAGAUAAUGAAAUCUUAGCUUAAUUUUGUGCAAGAAUUAAGGUACUUGAAUUGAUUAAGGCACAGAUGUGUUUGGUCUAAAGAACUCUAUUUUGUCUACUUUUUCAAAAGUCCAUGGAAAUAGAUUUCCCUUUCUUGCAGUGUGCUUAGCGCCCUUGAUCCCCAAAUUCUAGAAUUGUGGAAAGAGCCUUAAUGUAUAGAAUGUCUUAUGUGGAGGGAGGUGCUGGGCGUUUGCAGCACAGACAUGGGAUGCUUCUCUACCAAGCUCUGUGUUGCUCUUGGAAUCUCCUCCCCUAAUCCACGGUAGAGCAAAGGAAAUUUGGAUUCUUUAAAUGACUAGAGGUUUUGAUAUAACUUUUUCAUUUUGGAAGGGAUGCAGGGUUGAGGCGGUGUUCUAUGACUCUACUGGACUGAAUUCCACUAUUUUUUCCACUUCAUCUCAACUGCAGUCUCUCCGUUUGAACCUUGUCCAUGUUAUUUCACGUCACUUAAGCUGGUGUACUGCUUCGGACAGCUCUCUUGCCCCUGUCCCUCCUCUGGGCAUCCAGUUUGGCCUUUGAGACGUGGUAAUUAGAGAGCUGCUUUGUAAACUUUGUAAUCCAGAAGCCCUUGCACUUAGACAUAGUUUGUUUCAUGCUGCAGGAAGCCUUUAAAACACUCCCUUUGUGUGCUGUUUAGUCCUGAUCAGAUGUCAGCAGCUGGGGCUAAUAUUUACAACUUUAAUAUUAGGAAUUUAGAGACAAAAAAUACAUCAAGGAGUUAUGUUGACACCCAAAGGAGUCUUUGUAUUUGAGAAUAAAAGUAGAAAACAGAACUAUUCUUCACACUCCCCUUGGUUUUUAAAUACCCUGACCUUUGAAAUUUCAGGAUUUUUUUUCCUCUUAGCUCAGUUAGGAAAAUACUUCCCAGCUGAUGACAUUCAUGCCCAGAAGCCUCGGGCACUAUUGUCAGAAGCACCCCUUUUGCAGUGUCAUAGUACUGAAGUACUUACUGUUAUGACAUCGUGGAAUGAUUGUUUUUGUUAAGGGAAUUAAAUGGCCCUGUCUGUACUAAUGAUUGAAAAUGUGAAUGAGGUUUUUUCUGGAGGCUGUUUUACUGCUUAGACUUACUCUCGGUUGGUCUUGUGAUGGGUGACAGAGGCGUGGUCAUCGAAAUAAACGACCUGUUCCUCCUCUUCCAUGCUCACUUUUGAUUGGUGUCUUUAUUUGUGCAGGAUACUGAGUAACCUUUAUUUCCUAGUCAAAAUGAAUGUAGUCCUUGGGAAAAAAAAAUCCAGUGGCCUAAUGGAUUCUUAGUGACUCCUCAGCUUGGCGCUGUUUGCUGAAGCACUUUUAUGUAUCUUCUAGAUCUGCGAAUAAGCACUAGAUGAAAAAUUCAUCAAAAAGUGGGAAUUAUGGUAAUAACAGAUCUUAAUAUUUUAAAGAAUUUAUAGGAACUAAACGACAGCAAAGCAUUGUUGAAAGUCUUUGUGGUUUUCGACUGAUAAUUCUCAGUCAUCUCCAACCAUUUCCUUCCUAAUUGUGUCACCGAGUUGUCCUACAGUGAUCUGUUUCAGAUAGUCUCCUGAGUUAAUUUUGCCAAGCGGGAGACCUGCCCUAAUUCAGGCAGCCUUUGAGCCUUCUGCACCUCACAGCAUCCAGGUCCUUCUAGGGAGACUUCAGAACAUCAUGUUCUGGAGCACAGCAGAAAGAGUGUUCCACAGGGCCUUGAGCCAGCUUCUCUAGCAUGUUUUGUGGGUUCAGAUCCACCAAGGCUAUGCAAGAAUUUGAGGCACCCUAAUCAAAUAACUCUUAUUUUAAUCAGUUUAAACCAAUAUAUUAUACAAGAAGAACUAAUUUCUCUAAUGUUUAUCAGCUCCAGUUUCUUCCACCACAGUGGGUGUACGUUUUAAUAGAACACAACAACAACAACAUCAACAACAUCAACAACAACAACAACAACAUGAUAGCAAGUGUUUCUGUGUUAAUUCAGUUGAGACACAGUGGUUAAAGCCAGCAGCACAGUUAGAUGUGUGUUAGUAGAGAGAUAGGCUCUCGGUGAGUACAGGGAUUUCUGGAGGCCUGGUGGUUCCCAAAGAUUCAGCGCCUUCACUGUCAUGGAGACCACCUGUGCACAGGUGUCUGAGACGAAGCAAAAUAAAUGAGUACUAGCAUGUUAAAGGCGACUAGGGAGCCCUGAAGGUGACUAGCGAGGGUCUCACCAUGGCAUAUAAAAAGUCCAGUGACCCCUUUAGUUUUACAAGAAAACCUCUUAAGGCAAAACUAGGAGUUGCUUGCAAGAUUUAGAUAAUAGAAACCACAGGCAAAAUAAUAACAAUAGAUAUUUAUUACAUGUCAUCUUUAUGGAUUUUUUUCCAUGCUGGGGAUUGAACCCAGGGCUUCAUACAGGCGAGGCUCUACCACGGUGGCGCCUCCCUGGCUUUUAGUUGGCUAUUUUUGGAAGAGAGUUUCACUCACAGGUUACUAAAAUGGUUCUCAGGGGAUUCACGUAUGUAGACCUUUGUUUUUCAUUUUUCUUUUCUUUUUAUCUUUAAAAUACUUGAUUUAGCAGAAUAGUUAUUGAACUAAUCAGUCAAUUAAUACUGUUAAUGAUAAUCUUACUUCUUUAUAUGAAAAAAGUUGUAGCAAGCCAGGAAGGUCAUACAGUUUGCUGCCAGACCAUGAAAAAGAUGUAAAUGCCUUUGCUUUAGCCACGGAGGGAAAACAAUGUUUGUCCGCUUAGCAGAUCCCUGGAGACUUACAAAGGGUUGUUCCUGGACUUUUCUGUUUGCCCUUAACACCAGUAAAUAAAUAUUGAGUUUUAAUUGGUUCCAGAAGAUGCAGUAGCAGUGGAGGGGGAGAGGGCAGAGGACAUUUCACAGUGAGGAGAAGGAUGAGGUGUGGGAAGAGUGAUAAGCAUAGGGCAGAGCAGAGCCUUAGUGGAAGAAGGGAGAUGCUGCAGCCCCUGAAGACUGCAUUCAGUGGGGAUGCAGGCACUCAGACACCCUAGACAGCCAACACUCUCAGGUCCUGGCUGAGUUUUGGGAUGUAUUUGCUACAGCUUAGGAGCAGAAAUUAAGGUUAGUAAAGUUGGGUCGUGAGUCACCUGGCAUGUAGACCUUAGCAGGUAAGAAUGGUGCAGCGGAACUGGGGGCACCCAGGAAAGACCUUGGCAUCUUUGAUGCGAGCCAUGUGCAAGGGCCAGUGGAGAGUCUGCCUGUGUCAGUGCUGCACCUUUUGAUAAUUUGGUCCAAUUCAAAUCAGCGUCUUCUUUCCCCUCCGUAUGAUGUAAUUUUGAUUCUUGGAAGCAUUCCAGGAGAUAAUUAGGAAAAAUUAAUGCACAUUGAAAACUGCACAAUCUUUAAUCUUAAUUUUCAUUGAAAUGGAAACUCAACGUCAAAUUACAAACAGACUUAUUAAACAGCCACCGUUCUUCUCACUUCUGGAAGUUUGUCUAUUUGUAAUUGCUAAUUUUUAUUCAUUUCCUCAAAAGUGUGUGUCUAAUACUUUCCUAAAAUACUGAUGUACUGGAAACUCAAAUAAAUUGCCGUAUAUGUAGAACA